UCGGCUUCGCGUGUUUGUGGCUGACCAUUGAGAACCAAGGCCAUGAAGACGAUGGGGCGCCUACAAUUUUGUGAAUACACCUUCGGAUUGAUCGACAGAUCAAAUCUAUUCGCACAAUUAAACUAAAGAAUUAAGAUACAAAAUGUCUACAAUUAAACUGGUUUGUGCGUGGAGCAAGAAGACUUAUUUUUGGCCAUAUAUAAUCUGCGAUUUGUGGCCAAGUCAAUCACAGUCAUCUCAGACCUUCACAGCAGUAACAGCAGCUCCUCUGAUCUUCAGUUUUAUAUACCCCAAAAAUCUACAACAUGUUCCGCAUUUGUGCUCUCAUCUUUGCUCUGGUGGCCAUUGCCUCGGCUGCUCCUGCUCCUGGUUACCUGGAACCCCAUCACGCUCACUCCCACUACGGAGUGGCUGUUACACCUGUGGUUAAGGUGGUGCCUGUGGUUAAGCAAGUGCCCGUUGUCAGCCAUGUUCCUGUCGUGAAGCAUGUCCCCGUGGUGCAGCAUGUGUCCGUGGUGCAGCAUGUUCCUGUGCUGAAGUCCUACUCCCCAGUGGUGCAUCAGGCAUCAGUCUAUGCUCCAUCUUAUGCUCAUUCCUUUGGAGUUCCUGCCUAUGGCCAGCAGAUCUACCACCAUUAAGUACCAGCAAUAUCGAUCGGAAAUAAAUAAAUGAUUACAAUUAACACAAA